GGCCCGGCUUUGCACCUCACCGCGGAGCGGGAUGGGGCGGUCUGCCCUCUGACCGAGAGGAGCGGGUACUCCCAGGGCUAGGGGAGGCGGGGACAGACUGGGGGCGAGUGGCGGAGGGCGAGCUGGGAAACGCGUCGGCGCUGCCUCGGAGUCUGAAAAUCACCAUGUCUGUUGCUCGGCAGAAUUAAAAUUGUGGAAGGCGGUCUGAUAGGGGUGUGCUGGAUGACGGAAGAAACCUCACAGAGUAGAGGAAGCUGACAGAUGAACCAGCAUUGUAGUUGAGAUGACUUGCACUUCCUGCCAAGAAAUAAAGAUAUAAAAUCUUAAAAGUUAUCAGAAUAAAAGAACAUACAGAUCUGAUCUGAUGCAGACCUGUGGUAGAAUCAAUAUUCUGCUGAGUAUCAAGAUUGUUCUUUGACUAGCCAUACUAAAGGAGAAGAGUACGUUCAUACAGCUUGCUAGUGUACUUCAGAGAGAAUAAAACUGAGGAUUAAGAACUGAUGGAACAGAUUCUAAAAAUGGAAUGGGGAGGAGAGUAUUCACUUGAUUCUUCCAAUUUAGACUGUUUGUUAAAUGUCCUUCCUGGAGAAUUGGAAUUUCAACAAAUCCUGAGUGAUGUUGAUGAGAAAAUAAAGAACAACUCUUCCAGCAUAGAAAAGUGUCUUAAAGACCUGCAAAAAGAAGUAAAUGAAAUAUGUACUGAUGAAAUUCUACAAAGCACAACUGACUGCAUUCAGUGGCUAAAUAACUGCAAUUUUAGUUCUCUCAGAUCUUCUUCUACAGACCAUGGAGAGCUGACGGAGUUCCUUAGGACCCUGCAAAGCUUGCUGAAGAAUGAGCAAAAUCAAGAAGAAAUGGUACUUCACUUCCUUCUGGAUCUCUCUAGUCAGUGUGGUGUCUCAUUUCCCUGCACUCCAACUGGGACAUCUUUUGAGUUAACAUCUUCCCUUCAUACCAUUGAAGAUGAUUCAGCUAUGGAUGUGAAGUCUCUUUGGGAUGAUGUGAGAUUGCAUCUUCGACAAUUUUUAAUAAAUAGACUGCAAAGUCAAGAAGAAGCAAACGCUACUGCUUUGCAACAACAAAUGGACUUUAAAACUCAGUGCAUACAGCAACUUUUGUUUCUUUAUCCUGAAUCAGAAGUCUUAACGAAGUAUCAAAAUAUGCAGAAUAAACUGGUUAGCGAUCUUCUACAGAACUGUAUUUUAUCUAGUUGUGGUGAAACAAAUUUUGAUAAGGUGGUUCAUGGUUACCAAAGUUCCAUACCCACAUUGUGCACAAUGAUAAAAGAAGAUUUGUAUAUACUAAGUGGAACUAUUGAUCCUUCUUCAUCAUUGAAGUUUAUUAAUGAAACUUAUCUGGAUACCAUCACAGAAGAAAUGACAGUUCUACUUGAAAGACUUUGUGAGCUGCAGUUCAAAGAAAAUGCUCUACAUAUUGUUAAAGCAAACAAGAUUUCAAAGAAGUGUAGAGGAACAGUUCAUGCUGUGGCCUCCCAAGAAUACCCCAAAAAAGGAAGGAAUUUCUGCUUAACAUUGUAUCAACUGAAAUGUCUUUCUCAACUUAUCAAACUCUUCUUAUUAAUGGAGGAAAAAAUUGAAGAGCUCUGUGCAGAAAUUCUGUUGCUGCCUUCAUUUAUGGAGCGGAAUAAGAACGUUCAAGGAGUUCUGAAGAGAGCUAGUGGGGAGCUUUUAAUAGGAGAAACUAGAGCAAAUGAAACCAGCGUGCUUCCUGAACAGUUACUUCAGGUAGAAGAGCCUAUUUUACUGAAUUUUGGCUGGAGAAAUGCAUUUAAAGACCUGUCUUCUUCUGUGGCUCACUGUAUAACAAUAGCAAUCGAGGAUUUUUCAUCUAAAAUUCUUCAACAUGAGCAGAAAGAAGAGUUUUCAGCUGCAGGCUGUGCAAUGAGUCUUGUAAACAACCAGCAAAUGAGGGAGUCCUGCAGAGCAGUCCAAGAGGAGGAGCAACCAAAACGAAUUGCUAAGUUUUGUUCUGACAUCAUGGAAGAACUGGACACAUUGCUUCCAUUGGCUCUGGCAUGCAGAGAUGAUUCUCUUCAGGAAAUUAGGGCAAACUUUGUAGAGGCCUGCAGCAAAGUGGCAACAGCUGUGCUGGCAAGACUCGAGGAGAAGAGCAAAGACAUUCCCUCCAAGGCUCCCCUGCAAGACUUAUGUGCUGCCCUUUCCACAGCAAUAUAUGUCUUUCAGCAUUUUACAAUGUAUAGCAAUUUAAUGAGAGAAACAAGCAAAAACCCCCUGUUCCUAGUGCUUGUCCAACAAUACCAGGAAUUCAUCAGUGUUCUCCAGUUUCAAGUUACGAACUACUGCAUCAGAGUUUGUGCUACAAGCAUAUUACAGGAUGCUGAGAGCCACCACUGGGAUGACUACAAAGCUUUUUAUGAGGGGGAAAGAUGCUCAUUCUCUGUCCAGAUGUGGCAUUACUUCUGCUGUGCUAUUCGUCAUGAUCUAUGGACUAUUCUACCUCCAAAGACAGCCCAGGAGAUUCUUACAGAUAUACUAGAGCAAUCUUUGGAUAUUCUGUCCUCCAGAUAUUGUCAGGUGCAUCCCAGUUACAAGAGAACACCUCAAAUCAGAAUUGAUAUUGCAGCAAUUUUGAUGUCCACUGAAGAUAUGCUCUGGUCAAGUUGUAGUUCUGUGCAGGAGUUUCUGAAUCCACAUGAAGACAGAGAUCUCAAGAUCUAUAAAAUACAUAGCCACUGCAAUAAUCUGAUCUCUGUGCUGGCUAUUUUAACUUCACCACUGAAGAAUUUGUAUGAGACAUUACUGAAUAGUUGUGGUGAACAUCUUCCUCAAGAGUUUUCAGAAGUCUUUUAUCAUCCAUCACAUUGGUUAUUUUGCAUACCAUCAUCCUGUUUUUUCUUACUGAAGAUUCCAUCAGCCAGAGAAAUGGCAGCCCAGGGUCAGCUGAAACUGCUCUUAUCCCAGCCGUAUUGUAAUUUGAACUUGCUUUUGGACACAUUGCUACAUAAUGAUUGUCUCUUAGUGAAAAUUUUGCUGAGAAGCUCAGGACAUGAAGCACUGAAUCGUGAUGAACAAAGUUCUCUCUUAGAACAGAUAAAUAACAAAGAGCCUACUCUGAUUGAAACAAUCUUCACAGUAUUGUCUUACUGCACUUUAUCGCCCAAAUCUCUUGGCAUUGCUUUUGAGACCUACAUGGAAAAAGAGCAGUUGUGGAAUUGCUUAUACAGUAUGACAGUUUCCAGUUGUGGUGAGUCAGAGCCAGAAGUUAUCAGAUGCUUGAAGUUGACUUUGAUUAAUUCAGUCAAGGGUGUAGUGAAACAGAUUAUUUCUUUGAUGCAUUCAUGGGAGGCAACAGAAAACUAUGGAACUUACCAGCACAAGCAAAUAGUACCUGAAAGUUUACUGAAAACAGUUCCAAAGGAAUGGAAUUACACUCCUCGGGAAAUGAAGAGAAAAGAGUCUGGGAAAUGCUUCACAAGGCUUGCAGCUCAGGCAGUAUCUAUUGUAAUCAGCAAGUUACCUACAGUGAUUGCAUGUUUGCCUCCCCCAAUUAAGUACUUCUUUUUUCUGGCUGAGAGAAAAAUGUCAAGAAACUUUGCUGAAUUGAAGAAAGCUGGUCUGCUUGUCUGGAACUUGAUUCUAAUUAUAUGUCGGAUAUUUGAGGAUGGAAAUACUGCAGAACUUUUAACAGGUGCAACACUUGACAGAUGGAGCAAAGAAAAACUCAGUUUAGUUCGUGUGUGCUUAGAAAGUAUUAUGGGAAAACAGAAAAGUGGUCCUAAGCAAGUGACCCAGAAGGUUAUACAAAACAUUGAACAGCAGAGACCAAACUGGAUUGAAAGCCAGUUGCUGAAGGCAAGAAAAUUGAGCACAGACUGUGCCACAGACACAGUAGAAGGUGCAACGUUAGAGGAAGGAGGUAUUGCAUUUGGAUUCACUGAGCAGAAAAUAAACAUGAUGGUCCUGGAUAUCUGCCACAAACCAGGUGGCAGCGAGUACCUGAGGCAAAUUUAUCACAUCAUCCAGCUCAAUGAGGAAUAUUUGAAAGACCAACUGUCUUGUGAGAAUUCUUCUGAAGAUGGUGUUAUGUCCAGUCAAUGCCUGCCUUUGACGCUGAAGGGCAGAGAAGAGCAGCCUGUCUUCAACCCUUUCCAGGUGUACAGACAAUCUUGUGCAAAAGUGUUCAAUCAGUCAACCAGUACUGAAUGGAACUGGGAUUGGUCAAACUUGCUGCCAAGUUGCUUGGGAUUGAAUCAGAUGACCUUCAGGGUGCUGCUGACACACAGAUGGGAGAUGAAAGAAGAUGCCGAUCUUGAAGAUGAGGAGAAAGUUAUGGUGGAACAUUUAAAAAAUGUUUAUUUGAUACCAAGCAUUCCUAUCUCAGAGAAUAAAGAAGAACAAUUACCUUGAUGGAUUUUGGGUAGCAGCUUUUUUCUGAAUUCAACAUGAUUAAUUUAAUGCCUUAGUUAUAACUGACAGGACUAGAGAGCUCAGGAAUAUGUAUUUCCUGUAGGAGAUAAUAGGAGUUUUAAAGUAAAGAAUAUUCCCCUGUUAUUGUCUAGUCACCCCAUCCAGGCAGCAAUUGUUCAUGCAUGCGUAAGGUGAGCAACAAUAUAUGACAAUGUCAAUGUCACAAAACAAGGAGAGUGUAUCUCAAUACUCUGCAGAAUAAACCUGAGUGACAAAUCAAGAAUUGUUUUAAAAGUAUAAAACUCACUCUGAAAAUAAUGCAAAUUUAGACACAUGCUAAGCAAAUACUCCUGGCUUCCAUCCACCACUUUGGAGUCUCUGUCCCCAGAGACUGUCCCCAGCUAGUGUCACUCAAGGACCUUUUCUCUCCUUGUUUAUUAGAUCACCUAAAACACAUGAAAAGGGACAGUUAUAGACCAUAAAUCUGCAGUCCUUUGUGAGUUGCUCCAGAAUGGGUACACUUGCCCAUUAUUCCCAGUCAAAAAUGCAUCAGCCUUGUUACCCUCACAGAUCCUAACUGAACAUCCAGUGUAUGUUAUGGCUUAAAAGACACAUUAUAGAGCAACUAGAAGUUUUGAGAAGCAUCUUUUUAUUUAAAAGAAUUAUUCACAGGCACUGCUCAGAGGAUUAUCUUAGCAGUGAACUGAGAGAAUUAUAAAUAAUAUCUAUUUCUGAUAAAUACAGUAAAAUUUUAUUUUCAAAAUAAUCCAGGUUUGAUAUUAAAAUUUUUCUAAAUAUUAAAUCUUUUUCNACUUGUAAAAACUAUCAGCGUGACAAUAUUUUUUAUACAGAUGUUGUGGUUAGUAUUUCUUUAUCUGUACAGAAAUAAUCCAUAAUUUUUCAGUUUGUUUCUUGCACAGGAAUUCAAAUGGAACUAUUUUAUCUGCUUGAUGAAGGACCCUCACAAGAUCUUGCUAAGGCUGCAACCUGUGCAGCAGCUAUUCCUGUUCCCAGCACAUUUUCACACAGAUGUUAUUAUGGAUAUAACUCAGACCACUUAAAUAGGAGGAAGGCAUCUUUUCAAACCAUCUAGGGAUGGUGACUCCACCACCAUUAUACAGUUUCUGCAGUAAAGCGAUCCAGGCUCCAACAGACAACAGCCAAAGUGUCUGCGCUGCCCUGAGUCACAUCUGUACUCUAUCUAAAAAUGAGGCAAAGAACUAUAUAACCAGGAUCAUAUUCAACAGGUUUGAUCUUUUCCAGUUACUAGGUCAAACAGAAUGCUAUGUCUUGCCUUGCCAAACUCAGGUUUCAAACUUCAUUAAUGGUGGAGGUUUGCUGCAAUAGCACGUAACUUUUUCUUUUUAGGACAACUUUUUAGAAAAAUAAUAUAUUUUCAGUUCUCCCAAUAAAUAAAUACAUUGACUAAAAUCACUUCCAUAAAACAGUUAUUAAAAAGCCUGAUGAAUAAUUAGCAAUGCAUCCAUGAGUGUUCCUUACAGUCGGUAACUGUGAAUGACAUUGUUAUGUACAUUCUGUCCCAAGUUUAAUUCACUAGAGGAUGGAAAUGUGGUUAUAUAAGCAACUUUGGUAAAUUUGUAAUUGCCUGAUAUUCAACUAUUUUAUCCUUUUUUUCCCAUAAUUUGUUGUUUUGAUGUAAAAAAAUCUGAUAACUUUUGAGUAUUUGGUGUCCAUAAAGAAGUAGGGUCAUAUAGUUCUUCAUGGGUCAGGUGACUCUGAUUUGUUUUCCACCUCAGGAAUGCCUUUCAGGCAUCCUUGACAAACUUACUGUUUUAUUAAUAUUUGCUGUAAUUUAGAAUGUGAUACUAUUCCACUCAGUUAUACAUGGGUAAAUAAUUAAUCUUCUAGAGUAACUGUUACACAGACUUAAAGCAGUGUAGGUCCUAUGGGCAAUAAUUUCAGGUUUAGGAUCUGAACACUUCUGUUCCUAAUGUUCCACAUGAAUUCCGUAGUAUCUAUGUUCUUCCAUUGUUCUAAGCUACCUUUGUUACCUGGCAUAGUGGGAGCUAUGCUGCUAGUGAGUUAUGUUUUUUACAUAAACUGAUGUAUUUUGCCCCAGGUUUUAUUUUCUUUGAUUUCUCUGAACUUUUAAUUUACACUUGGAAAUCCAUAGCACAUCUGUUUUGACAACCUACAAACACCUAAAUACUUAUUAGUAAAGCCUAUGCCUUCUCAAACCUGAUACAGUCUUAGAGAACCAAGAAUUCAAUAAAUGUAAAAUUCAAACCAACCACUUGCAAGGUUAUAAUUCAAGAAGUGCAGUAGUUGUUUUCACUUGAAUUUUCACCUCUCUGUAAAAUCCAGAAAUUUCAUGUUUAAGGAGUUGUUUGCUGAUGUACAGGAAACUUUAUUGGUAUGUAAAUAUGUAUAUAUUCUAUAUAAUAAACAUGUCUUAAGUGGAUUUUAU